GAAAAUGACAAAAAACGGGAAGAAUUGGUUGGGAAUGAUCAUAAAAGGAAUUGUUAGAAAAUCCAUAAAACAAUAUCUGACUAAGAUGGCAGACAAACUUCAAAGGUGGUGCUUCAGUAUGGAUGCAGUCCUAUGGCUAAAAUCAUUAAAAGAAUGUUGUGGGCUGCAAUUUGCCUUUUGAAAAAUUUCCAAGUUGCCAAAAUGAAAACAAGAAAUCCAAGAGGACAAUACUUUGUAGAUAGUUAGGUGAGUAUGUAAUGAUCAGAAGAGUAGGGCCCAGGGUGAGUGUGGGUAAGGAAUGGGGGUCGAACUUGAAAUAGAGUGGACUGAGUUUUUUUUUUCUUGUGGCACAUAAAAAGCAGGCAGUCCACUCUGCUGUGUGGUUGGUGUUAGGAAUGGCAUCGAAACAUAAAAACCGUGCCAAAACAGACACAGAAGUAGAGUUUCUGCUUGGCCAGUUUCUGUCAAACUACCCAACCCAUGAAAAGAGGGUGAAUGAUAUUUGUUUACUAUAAUAUCGUAAGACUGACAGAUUUCAAAUCUGUGCAAAUAAUUCAAACAUUUUUGUUAACACAUUUCAAUAAUAUUAAUAAAAGAAACCUGUUACAAAUGAAGAAACAGGUGUGAAUGAAUGGCAAACAGGUUGUGUUUAUAGUCGCAGCACACGAGGUAUUUCCCUUUCCAACUAUUUAUAAUUUAUUGGAUGUUUCUAAGUUUAGUUUACAGUUCAGAGACUAGAAACGUAAAAUGGGAAAUGUUACAAAAUGUUUCAGAAAAUUAAAGCAUUCUCAUUCCGAUUCUGAUUUGUAUGAAUUAGUUAGAUGUGAUGAAGAAAAAUGCAUUUCGAAAAGAACGGGUGCCGUUACCACUGAAAUCCAUGAUACUGGUAAAGCACAACUUAACGAUCUGAAAGACUAUGAAUACCCCUUUGAAAAUUUGGUGUUUGAAGGUGGUGGAAGUAAAGGCAUUGCUUAUUGUGGGACUUUACAUGUCCUUGAAGAACUUGGUGUAUUAAAUAAUACAAAACGCUUGGCUGGUGCAAGCGCUGGGGCCAUGGUUGCUGCGUUAAUCAGUGUUGGCGUCUCAAGCACUGAACUCUUGGACUACUUAAGUCAAGACAUUGGCAAGUUGAUGCUUGAUCAUAAAUGGGGAUAUUUAAGCCUUUUACCAAACCUAAUCAAGAACUUUGGCUGGAAUCCUGGCAAAAAAAUUGACACAUGGUUUAAAAAUGUACUCAAAGACAAAACUGGCAGUGCAGAGGUUACUUUCUGGCAGAUCUACAAAUAUUAUGGUCGAGAAUUAUGUGUGGUUGUGACUAAUGUUAACCACAUGGCUGUUGAAUAUUGCCACACAAAGACAACUCCAAAUAUGCCAGUACGCCUGGCUGUGCGUAUGUCAAUGUCCAUCCCUGUAAUGUUUCAUCCACCAAAAUAUUAUGCUUCUGAUGGGACAGACAUGCAUUAUGCUGAUGGAGGACUUCUGUGCAAUUAUCCAAUCCAUUGUUUUGAUGGUUGGUGGCUUUCAAUGGCACCAAAAGAUAAUUUCAUUAAUCGACUUCGUCCUCUUGAGCAAUUGCACGAAUUCUUUGACAAAUCAGUCAGAUUUGAUACCUUUAAUAAAAAGACGCUUGGAUUUCUCUUGUUUUCAGAUGAUGAACCAGAGAUUAUGCGGACCCAUUUGGAGAACCGACUCAAAGAGUAUGGAUGUUAUGAACUUAAUAGAUACCCAGAAACCAAACUAGCCAAGGGCAGAAAACAAAACUGUAGCAUGAAAUUGGAUGAAUGCGGAAAGCAUAAAAAUAUUUGUAGAGCCUUUGAUCAAUUGGUGAAGGUCAUUGCUAAACACAACCCGGAACACGGAAGAACCAUCAAUAUGGACAUGUUCAUUGCUGUUUUACAUGAUCCUGAACUAAGUGAAGAAGACCAUCUCCUCCUGUUUGACAAAGUAAUUGUUAAUGAAUGGGAUAUUAAGGAUAUCUUUAUGACUUUGGACAAAAAUCUUGAUAAUGAGAUUGAAUAUGAAGAAUUGAUUCAAAUUCUUGAAACAAAAGGAAUUAACGUCCAGUCUCGCUUUCUUGGAUACUUUGGCAGACAAGUCAAUAGUUUACAAUCAUACCUUUCAGCAUUAAUGGAGACCAUGUUGACGAAUACUAAACGAGCGUACAUAGUGGAAGAAGAUAAACAUCGUACAGUUGGUAUAAACACAGGUUAUGUUGACACCACAGAUUUCUGUUUGGAACAUGACGACAAAAACUUCCUGAUUAAGCAAGGAUGGAACAGUACAGUGGCCUUCUUCCGAGAAUACCUCAAUGUUCAUCGUGAUGACUUGAAAAAACGUCUUCCCGAAUCAGAACUAAUAUCUCCCUUCCCAAAAAUUUGUAAAACAAAACGGGAAAAAACUAUUAGAACAUUUUUAAAACUAUAAUUUUUUGUAGCAUUCUGGGGAAAUGUUAAUGCUAUGUCACCUCAGCUGAUAUGAAGCAUGGCACCCUGGGCUAGUAUCUUCUACUAUAGCCUCAAGCCAAUCAAAUCCUUGUGAGUCAAUUUAGUAGACAGAAACUGAAAGCCCAUUGUGACUGUUUGUAUUCCUGCCACCUCUUGACACCUGCUGUUGGCUUGUUUAUAUCUCUAUAACUUAGCAGUUCACCAAAAGUGACUAAUAGAAUAAGUACCAAGCUUUAAAAAAAAAGAUGUACUGUUCAAAUCUCCAUGGCAACGGAUGUCUUUGAUAAUCUUCGGUCCAAACUGUGCACCAAGUGGUUUUUAUAGGAGACUUGAAACCAAAUUCUAGAACUUUUGAGACAAUCAUGCCACAGCCUCACACUCAAGGGUCAAUUAUCAAUCCAAUCACAUGAAACUAUGGUGGUUCAAUGGUGGUGUCUGAAUGAUUAUCGGUGAGGGUUUCAAAUCCCUGCUACACUAAGAUAGAAUGGUUUCAAAGUAUCACUGUUUGUUUGGUUUGACUUCAGUAUUACAACUAAUGUGACUCAAUGCCAAUACAAAACCAGCUCGGCUUCACUCCACUCCUGCAGAUACUCUAACAACAAUUCGGAGGAGUUUGUUAGACUUGACUCAAGUUCAAACUUCAGGUACUCCGCGCUGCUUUUUAGCAUAAAACUCUGAAUAUCAAAACUUGUUGUUCCCUCACCUGUCUCUGCCUUCUGUACAAUUUUGCACCAUAUAUGUAUUACACAUACACACCUACAUUCCGUCUAUCACUGUAUAUGUAAGUAUGUGCAUACACACACACAUUAUAUAUUGAAUGACCCCAUUUCGUGUUACUCCAAGUUAAGAAAUAUUACAACAGCAGGUAUGGUACACCUUUCUAUUCACUGCUGCAUUGUUCUAUUGUCAUAUUUCAGUUACCUGCCAACUGUAAACGGCUUAUUAUAAGAUAAGAUAUAUAAAUACUGGUGCAUACACGGCAAGCAAUAUCAACUCGGCUGAUAAACAUUGUGAACUUGCUGAGUUAUGAUCCAGGAAUGAUUCCCCACCCCAAGUUGAUAAAAGUAUCACAGCUAGUUUACAUUUAGGUUCCCUGCAGGAGAGGUUAAUUUAUCCUGUUUAAAGCCUGAUUUCGUUUUACACUCAAAUACCAUAUUUCAGAUGUAUUUACUAUAUUCUGUCCGCAACAAUGCAAAAAUUCUGAAUUGAUAGUUUAGCCAUGCUAAAAGAAAUAACUCUGCCUGAUCCUUACACAAAACUCCAGUCCAAUGUUAACAGCCAUUUAUUCAUUUCCAACCAAAGUACAAAGAGUAACUAUUUUUGUUUUUAACAAACAACUCUUGUCAUUUCAUUUUUCAUCUGCUUCGUAAUACUAACCUGUCUGUAAUCUGAUUUAACCUAAUUUUCAAAAUUCAUAAUUCUCAACACCUGCUUGCUUUCAUUUUCACAAUAUUCUCUCCCUGUUUCAAAACCCAUGUCUUUUGCUAUGAUUUCUCUGGCAAUUAAGCUUUUCAAAUUUUUCUCUCUCUACCCUUCGUAUGUCUUUCCGUCUUGGCUGCUAUUUCCUUUAGUGAAGUUGACCUUUUUACUUAUCCAUGAUGUGCCCACCUAGACCCACCCCUACCACCUACACCAGAACCCUCUCCAUGGCUCCACCUCCGCACCAACACUCGUAUGAAAAGCCUCUCCUCUACCAGGAGACUCUCAUAGCUCCUCCCACCACCAAUCUCAUCUACAUGACUGCAUGUACCAAACAGAGACUGGAUUACUUAAUAACAUUAGUGGGCAACUGGGGAUUCCUGCAGGACAGCUUGCUAAGUGCCACAGACCAAAUCUGUGUCUGGUGCAAAGCCCUAGCCAGACCUUGUGUGACAUGGUGGUGGAAUGAUACUGUAGACAAGGCCCUUAGAGCAAAGAAACAGGAUUGGAAGUGUGGGGGUAGCAGCAAACUGUCUCAGCCAGAAAGGAAGCUAAGAGGCAGGUAUAUCAAGCCAGAGGAGAAACAGAAAAGAAGUUUGCCUAUGUUCUGUGAGGACCAGAGACUUGAAAUAUUUCAGGUGGUAAGAUAGUGUGUACAAGAAAAUCGUAAUGUCAUAAGAGAGAAAUGUGUCCACAUGGAUGAUGGUGCACUUGCAUUUAAUGAUUCAGAAAAGAAAGAGGCUUGGAGGUGCCAAUAUGAAAGGCUCCUAAAUGUGGAAAAUGAGUGCGAGAGUCUGCCUAAUGUAGACCCAACUGAGAGACCAGCUAUCCAAAUCAAUAAUAGCUUGGUAGAUAAAGCAAUUAAGGACAUGAAGACAGGGAAUCACUACUGAGGUGCUUAAAAUAUCUGAGGGAGUAGUAUAUAGUCUAGUCAUCCGUUGUCCACAAGGGAGUCACACUCAAUGAUUGGUGUAGCAGUAUUAUAGUCAGCUGCUGCAAAGGUAAAGGUAAUGCCUUAGACAGGAAUAAUUACAGAGGGCAUCAAAUUGGUGGGCCAGGUGAUGAAAGUCAGAGAAAGGGUCAAUUAAUUAGGGAGAGAGUUAGUGUAGUAGAUGAGAUGCAGUUUGGAUUUGCACCAGGAAGGAGCACGACUGGUACUAUUAUAUUCCUGGUUAAACAACUGCAGGAGAAAUAUCUAGCCAAAAAUAAACCUCUAUACCUGGCUUUUGUUCACAUGAUGCUUGGUGUUUCCAUUGUUUUGUUCAACCACUAUAUAUAUAUGAAUUGGAUAUAGUGGUACAUCAUAUAGUAAUUAUGUUCUGGAGCCAUCGGGGUUAUCCAGAAGGUCUUGGCUAUCUUUCGAUUUGAUGUGAGGAAAUGUCAAGUGAAAAGCACAUGGGGUUUUGUUUACAUCUAAUCGGCCGGUUAGGGUUAGGGUUAGCUGAUUAGAUGUAAACAAAACCCAUGUGCUUUUCACUUGACAUUUCCUCACAUCAGAUCGAAAGAUAGCCCUAUAUAUAUUAUAUGGAAUUACGAGACUUUCUGUUUCUAUCGCAAUAUACUCUCAUUUUCUAAGAACAGUUUAGUUUCACUUUUUUUUCGGCGGUAAAUUCCAAACUCUAGUGACGCUUGGACUCCUUGUGUGAAGAGAAUAACCUCACGGUGGCAACUGUAAAAACGUUAAUACACUUCUCAAGCAAAUCAGAUGAAAAAUAAGAGAAAAUAAUGAGGGAGAGGAACUUUAUUCAAUAAUAUUUCUACAACUUUACAAUAAGGAAAUAAUGACUGAUGAACAAAAAUGCUUUAUGAAUGAUAGGGAAUAGAAAGCGGUUUCACACUGCAGGGGCGAGAACAGUCCUGGUUUAUAGGAAAGGCGUUAUCUCCCCUGAUGUGAGAAAAAAAACCGCCGAGAAAAUUCGAUAAUUUUUCACAUGCAAAAGAAACCAACAAAAUAUUCGUUCGUUUCUCCUUUUGGUUUUUUUUUGUUGAUAAAUGUUAAGUCUUUCAGUAAAACAUUCUCAUUUUAUUUCAAUCAGUCUAAGCUAAAAUUCAUUUUCUUCGCCCUACCUUACACAGAAUUUUACUCUAGAAUCCUUUUUGACAGUCAAAUAAUUUUGGCUUUUCCGAACUAAAUAAAAGCAACAGAAAUAGAAAACUUUUUUUUUUUUUCACUUCAUAAUAGAACUAAAAUGUUUCGUCCUUAACUAGUCAGAAAAUAGUUUAUAAAGUAAAGGUGUUAAUUACAUUUGAAAUAUAUAGUUCAAUCUUAUAAUUGUUUGAAUGAAUUGCCAAGAAACCUCAGUCAUUCAUUUAAAACACCAGGAAACAGUAAGUCUCAAGCACACUAUACCUCAGAUUUAAUUUCGAUUUUCUCCACAGCCUCUUCUAAUUUACCGUUAUCUUCCUUCACUUCUACCUGUUGCUCUCCAUUUUUCUCUUCAGAGAAUUCCUCUUUAUCUUCCGCAUCUUUGUUCUUCUUUUCAAGCUCUUCAAAUUGCUUUCGAAGCUGAGCACAGAACUUCUUGUGUGUAGUGUAGCGCAGCUUCUGACACCGUUGGCUACAAUAGUAAACCAUUUUACAAGCAGAGCAUUUCUUUGUAAAGUCGAUUUCUCCACAAGCUUCACAACUGACAUUGUCGUUUUUAAACUGUUGUCCAUGGACACAGUUAGUGAGCACUGAAAUAGCCGUGGGAUAAUCUCCGAUGGCUACAGGAGACACAGUUCGAAUAAAUUGCAAAAAAAGAUCCGACUCAACGUAGAUAAAUUCUUUCAUGGACUGACGUAUAAGCUUUUCGGGUUUCUCGGCAAAGCCAUCGCUCUCUCUGCCUUUCACUAAACUCUUAAUCCAACUACUUAGCGAUUUUUCUUUUUCAUUGUACGAUUUGGCGAUGUUUCGAAUCAUAAAGGAGUAAUAAUUUACUUUGAUAGCCAUCACAUCAUUUGUCUCAGCACUUUUCAUACUUUUUUCGCACAUAAUAUCUAAAACGUUUUGUACCUUAUGCGAAUUUUCCAGAAGACUUGGAUUAGCCUCUAAGAAAUAAGAAACCUUUAACGGGUGAAGAUAAGAGUUGUUAAGCAGUUCUACCAGUGGUGCGACCAAUUGUUUGGGAAGUUUCGCUUCUUUCUCCAGGCCUUGUGGUUUGGCGUAAUAUUCCACUU